ACGCAAUCUGAAACUAUCGAUACUAUCUGCAGUAUUAUUAUAGAAACAUGGCAGAAGCUCCACGACCAGGAGGAAGAAAACUAGUCAAAAGAAGAACCGGCAGUGCCUCUCCUAGCCGCAAUCGUGCACAGUCCGGAAACCGACAUUCGCAACAGGAUACACCCGCCGUCCCACCGAUUGAUUUGGAAGCUACUCCGAUGCCACAAGAAAGAGGUACUUCGCCCAGCGGGAAGGAGAAGCGAUCGAAAUGGCGGCUCUCAAACCCAUUCCAUGCGAAGGACAAAGACCGCAAAGAUUCAGUAGCGGUCACAGCUGGCGAACCCGCCUCUGCCCCAGUCCAAGGCCUGGAUACCGCGGAGAGGCCACCGCCUGCACGAAAUUCAGCCACGGCGGGAGACUCCGCCUACUUCAGCAGCGAGCACGCCAAUAGCUCGAAUGACACAAGUGGACACCCGAGUUUCUCAAGCGACGUGAGACGACAUUCGCGCGGUGAACAAUUACAAGCGCCGUCUGCGACUUUGCAGCCUCCAACCACUAGUGUUACUCCACCCACGCCUUCUGCAUCUUUGAGCCAGGGCCACGCGACGCAACUACCGCCGCAGCCUUCGCCGUCGGUGCAAGCUCAAACAGACGACGUACACAGAGAGUCGUAUACCGACCAGAGAACGGGGAACGUAGUGACCACGACUACGACCACCACAACUACGACGACUACAACGACCGGACCAGGCGGCUCUACAACCGUGCAGCAACCUGCAGGGCAUGAUGACGCUAUAUCAACUCAGGCCAGUGUGACUGGCACUUCUGGACCUAGCCCACCAUCUCCAGCUCCUCCCUUACCACAGGAACGGAUCAGCACUCCUCCCAAGCAAUCUGGGCCAGCCGUGCCUGGGUCAAGCUCCUCGCCACCCAUCCCUAACAGGAACAAUAUGCGUAAUCGCGUAGAGUUGGAUUCAGUCUCGCCCGGGAUCGAAAGACCCAAUCCCUUGGUCAGCCCGAUCACACCUUCAAGUCCGUCAGGCCACAAUUUCUCUUAUCCUGCACGAGCACCACCGGCCGGCGUCCCUCGUCAAGCCACAUCACAGGAGUUCAACUCUCAGCAUCCAUUCGAUCACUCCCACUCGCCGUUUGGGCCUCCCCAGCAAUCGUUGGACCAUUCUCAACAUAUACCUGUGCCUCCUCCACAGCAAUAUGAUCAUUUGCAACAACAUAACGCUCACCAGCAGGCGGGAUUAGGAGACCGAGGUCACCCCGCACCCCUUCGAACGGGACACCAACACCAGCCUCAACAGAAGCAGUCAACUCUGGCGAACUUGAAAACGGCAGCUGCUGGCAUUCAUGGCGCCGGCGAAGCACUACGCGGCACGCUCAAUCAAACCGUCGACAAACGCUUUGCGAAACCCGACUCGGCUGUUCACGCCAAGAACCAAGCUGUAAUUGAAAAAGGACGAUCGGAAGUGGAAACCUUGUCUUUCCGUCCCCAGCAGCAGCAUCCUCUAUCCCAGCCGCCGCCACAGUUUCAGCAGCCACAGUUUCAGCAGCCACAGUUUCAGCAGCCACAGUUUCAGCAGCCCGAGGUUCAGCAUCCCCAGGUUCAGCAGCCCGUACCGCAAGUACCACCGAAAGUCAGUCACGGCAGCGUCGGUCCGCAAAACGAGUGGAAGACACCAUACAAUGGUCCUCCAAUUUCCGGUUCGCAGAUAGAAGGAAAGAGCGGAAAGCUAAGCGGACUGAUGAAGAAGAUGAAGAGUGGUCCGAUGGCAUCAGACAAGGGAAAUUAA